UUUCGCUGAAUGAUUGAGGCGCCUUCUGUCUGUAGUUCAUAGUUUGAAAUGUUGAUAGUAUUUUCUUUGCUUCUCUAACUUGAUACUAUUGGCCAGCGUUCUUUUUGGUACCAUAGUUAUUAGCAAUGGAGGAAGUAGAUGUUGAGCCAAUAACUACAGCUAUUCCAGGGGUGAACAGCGAUCAGAAGCACUUGGGAUUUGAAUGGGGUCCAGGAGAUAUAUUGGUUUAUGAGACCAUUUACAAAGCUUCAGGUGCUGGAAAUUCAGGGCAGGAGUGUUCCCCCAUCCAUGAGGUCAUGAAAGAUGAGGACAUUUAUUCACCCAAUUUAAGAAAACUUUUCAAUGAGUCUCAUCACAUCUUUGUCGGACUGCAGAGAAUCAAUGAAGAUCAGCCCAGCAAGAACAAGAAACCCCAAUUUGUCAGUAUAAGCAAAAACUACAGAUCGGUCAUCCGAGCUUGCAUGGAGGAGCUUCAGCAGGCUGCAGUGUGUACACAAGAUGCAGCGUUGGUCCUGCAAUACAGCAAUCAGGUGUCGAUCCUACUGGCUAUAGAGAUGAUCUGGAAUCUGUGCGAGGUGUUGUUCAUCGACGCGGCUCCAGCGGGCACUCUGCUGCUCCACCUGCUAGACUGGGUGAGGCUACAUAAGGCCGACGUGGACGAGAAGGCCAUGGAGGUGCUGCAGAGUGAGAGCCCCACAGAGCACCCGGUUUACUGGGAUGUGGUGCUGAGCUACGUGCUGCAGGGUAGGAUGGACGAGGCCAGGCAAGUCCUGGUGAAGCAGGCCACUCUGCAGCCUGCGGCCAGGGUCAUGUUCAAACUCAUGGACAACCUCCUCACGAAGAUGCCCAUCUACAAUCCUGGAGGGACCCAGACGCUGACCGAGUUUGAUGUCAAGUGGAGGCACUGGCACGAGGAAGUGGACCGCUGUAUCCAAGACAACUCCUUUGCCAGCAACCCCCACUUGGAAGUCAUUUGUAAGAUCUUGGUAGGGGAUGAGGAUAUUCUACUGGAACACAAGGAGCUGCUGAGCACCUGGUAUCACUUCCUGGUUUCCAGGCUGCUUUUUUCUCACCCAACAGUAAAGCCUACAGAGCUGCACUACUAUGCACAGUCCAGUAUGGACAUGUUUCUGGACAUGAGGAAUGCUCCGGAGCCUCUGGACAGUAUCCUGCUGGCGGCGUUUGAGUUUGAUAUUCACCAGGUCAUCAAGGACUGCAGCAUCGCUCUCAACAACUGGUGGUUCGUGGCACAUUUGACGGAUCUCCUGGACCACUGUAAACUGCUCCAGUCUCACAAUCUGCACUUUGGCUCUAACUUGAGGGAGUUUCUGCUGCUGGAGUAUGCCUCAGGUCUCUUUACACACCACAGUCUGUGGCAGCUGGCGGUGGACUACUUUGACCACUGUACGGAGUUUGGGCGUGUGUACCUGGAGCUGCAGAUUGAGCGUGUCCCUCUGGACACGGAGCGCAAGGCCCUGAAGGUGCUGAGGAUCUGUGAGAAGAGGCAGAUGACUGAGCAAGUGAGGAGCAUCUGCAAGAUCAUGGCCAAGAGAGCUCUGAGGAACAACCGCCUGGGCUCGGCUCUGUCCUGGAGCAUCCGAGCUAAAGAUGCAGCCUUCGCCACGCUCAUCUCCGAGAGGUUCCUUCAGGAUUACUGCACCAAAGGAACCUUCUCUGAUCUGGACCUGAUUGACAACCUGGGAUCGUCCAUGCUGCUCAGUGACAGACUCACAUUCCUGGGGAAGUACCGUGAGUUCCACCGGCUGUACGGCGAGAAGAAUUUCUCACAGGCCGCUAAGCUCCUUCUCUCCCUCAUGACGGCCAAAAUUGCUCCCCGGAGCUUCUGGAUGACCCUGCUGACGGAUGCCCUGCCCCUGCUGGAACAGAAAGAGGUGAUCUUCUCUGCUGACCAGACCCACAAGCUCAUGUUCUGUCUGGAGGAGCUCACUUCAGGGACGAGCCUGCCUAACGCUGACAGACCCAAUCAGGAUGAGGAUAUUGAGGCCACUAAGAUUGAGCUUCUGAGACUAGCACUCGCCCGCAACCUGGCCAUGGCUAUCGUGAAAGAGGGGACUGUGGAUGUUUGAUGAUGCCCAUUUUGGAAAAAAGCUGUUUUUCAUAUUUUUGUACUGUACAUAAACUAAGUGAUCAAAAUGUGUCCUUUGAUAAUAAAACCACAUUUACAUGUUA